ACAACUCUGUCUGAAAAAAGCCGAUUUGUAUUUUACGGAAAAUUUUUUGAGGUAGAUCCUUUUGUUUGCAAAUAAUUUUUGAAAUUGUGGUGCGGAAGUUGUCAGAUAUUAGCUGUGGAAAUCUCCGACUUUAUUAGAAGAGAAUCUCAAUAAUUAGAAAGUGGCAGAAUCGUCACUUGUAUUUUUUCACGACUUCACUUGGUUUUCAUUUUGUGCAUAUUCAGCGACUUUGCUGUUGGUUUUUGCAUUUGAUUGUCACCGAGUAACGGAGCACCCCAAAAAGCGGCAGUCGCAAGUUGCACGAAGUUGACGAACAAGGGGUGUAAAAGGAACAGAAUUAAUCAAAUAAAUCAACGAAUUUUACAUCGUCCAGCCGUAGUCCUUGUACCACUUUCCAGAGUGUGAGCAUGUAAUUUGAAAUUGAUAAUUUCCCGCAGAAUCAUGGCGAAAUACAUUUAAAAUGGAUAGUUUGAAAAAUAAUUAAGAAAAACCAGCAGUGCUCUACUAAUAUUUCGUCGGUUGUGCGAAAAGCAAUUUCGUUCUCGUAAAACUAUCAUGAGUACUGCAGAAGAAACCAGUCAACCGACAACGCCCCAAGAUUCAUCUGAUUCACAAGAUCAGGCAAAUCCACGAGAGUUAGAGAAAAUCGAGGAGGAAAAAUUGAAAUCGAAGUAUCCAUCAGGGUUACGCGGGCCUGGCGGUCAUUCAGCUUUUCUGCAAAAGCGUCUACAGAAAGGCCAAAAAUUCUUCGAUUCUGGUGAUUAUCAAAUGGCAAAACAGAAGGGUGGCGGUGUAAAGCAAGUUUUUGCGAACAAGGUAGCCACGGGCGAAGCAAUACCUACACCGGAAACAGUGCCUGCGCGUAAAACAUCGAUAAUACAACCUUGUAAUAAGUUCCAAACGACGAGUUAAAUGAAUUAAUAACUUGGUUAUAGUGCUCAACAUUGCAGAAAAUUUAUUAAUUUGUUUCAUCAGCACUAUUAUAUUAUACUUUUAAUAUUACUAUAUUCUCAACUGUCCUUUCCGAAACUAUAAUGGUUAUGAGUAGUAUAGAGAGAAUCAAACCAAUUCUUAUAAUUCAUUGUCUACGAUUGAAACUUCACUUAUGUAAACUCAUUACUUUUUGCAUAUCGUAUCUGUUGAUUGCGCCCAAUGGAUAAGAGUUAAAUAAAAACUAAGUUCUUUAA